AGCCGCACCAUCGACCACGGAAGCUAAACGCCGCGAGUAAAAGGUUGAAGCAAAAAGAAUAAAUGCAAGAUGUCUGAAUAUAGUGAUGAGGCCAGUGAGUCUGAGCUCCUGAACCGCAGUCUGUCCAUGUGGCAUGGGGGAAGUCACCAGGUGAACCAGAAGGAGUUGGACGUACCUCUGGACCAGUACACUGCUGCUUCAGUCGGACAGUAUGAUGUUAUCAAAGAUUGUAUUUUGAGUGGGAAUGUGGAUUUGAACAAGAAGAAUCGUGGAGAUUGGACUCCUCUAAUGUACGCCUCUUACAUUGGCCACGAUACUAUUGUUCAUUUACUACUUGAUGCUGGAGUUGAUGUGAAUGUCACCACUGAAGAUGGACAGACGCCACUAAUGCUGGCGGCCAGUUGUGGGAAUGAGAGUAUUGCCUACUUCCUGUUACAGCAUGGUGCAGAGUUAGAGAUGAAGGACAACCUGGGCUGGACAGCCUUGCUACACUGUACCAGCAAUGGACACCAGCAGAUGGUCAGAUUCUUCCUGGACAACAAGGCUGAUGCUAAUGUGAAGGAACCUGUGAAUGGUUUCACUCCUUUGAUGGAAGCAGCAGCUUCUGGACAUGAAAUAAUCGUCCAACAUUUUCUCAACCAUGGAGUAAAACUAGAUGAGAAGGAUCACAGUGGAGCUACUGCAAGAACACUAGCAAUGAGAUAUGGACACAUGAAGAUUGUUGGCCUCAUUGACAUGCAUAUUGCCUCUGCUGCUAAAACUGCCCGUAGAUGCCCUGUACCGUAUGAAGAUCUCAGUUCUUCUGAUGAAUCAAACUGCAUCCCUCAGAGACAAAGACCUGUCCGGAAAAGCAAAGGACCUAGUAUUCAUGAUGGGCCACAAGCUUUGGCCAGAAUCACAGCUGUUGGAACUGGAAGCAAACAGCAAAACUUUGAGUCUGGUCCCAUAGCACAUGGUUAUGUGACUUUCAAUGAUGAUGAGUCAGAAGGCGAGGACCUUCGAUAUAGGGAUGUUACCUCACCAAUCAAUGAGCAUGAUGUGGAAAGCAACAGCAGCCAUGAAGAGAAUGCAUUCUUCACCAGUGACAUGAUGACGAUACGUAGCAGCAGUAGCAGCAGUGAAGGUCUAGCCGUGUUGCGAGGCAGUGAGGGGUCCCUAGAGAGCAAUGAGGAUUCGGAUACUGCAAAAUUUCAAUGCAAAAGACAAGUUCGAGGUCAUAAGAAAAGUCGACACUGUGUUGAUUUACGGCAACAUGCAACAGAAAAUUCAGAGUUACAUAAUCGGACAUCCUUUAUUCCAAUCACUGAGACAACUCAGUAUUCUGGGCCCAAGGACCUGAAAGAAUUCCUUGACCAAAUAGGCUGCGGGAAAUAUAUUUCUGUAUUUGAGGAGCAGGAUGUGGAUCUCCAGAUAUUCCUAACACUCACAGAGAGUGAUCUUAAGGAAAUAGGCAUCACAUUAUUUGGGCCUAAACGAAAGAUGACUUCAGCCAUUGCACGAUGGCACAGUAGUGCCCGGCCACCCAGCAAUGCGCUGGAGCAAACUUAUGCUGAUCGUCUUGAGGCAGAAAUGCAAGAGAUGGCAAUUCAGCUGCAUAAGAAAUGUGAGGAAGAGGAGACACUCAAAGGGCAGGUGGCACAGGAGCGGGAACUGCGGACAGUCGUUGAACACUGUCUUAUAGAACAUGAGAUGGCUUGGAAAGAGUUCCAGAAAAGGCUUACAGAGACAAAGUCCAUUUCCAAGGACAUGGGAGCUGUAUUAGAACAGAUUAGACUAUGCCAGGCAGAGUUGUCCACACGAUUAAAUGUGGAGACUAUAGGAAUCAAGAAAUAUGAUUCCAAACAAAGAGCAAGAAGUGGAGUACAUGGUCUUGAUGGAAAAUGGUCUGCCAUGAGGAAUAUGAGCCCAGUAGAAUUAAUCACAUCCUUGGAUAAGUGUACUGCAGAAAUGGGCCAAGCCCUGCAAGUCUUACAGCAGAAUUUAGAAAAGCUAAAAGCACCAGAUAAAGGGAAACCGUCUUGGACAGAACCCUAGCACUUGGAGCAUUGACUUCAUCUAAUGCUACAGACGGCGGGUGAAAAUGCCACCCUGAAGCCAAGUGAGAUUUUCUCUGUACAGGAUGCAGAGAGAACCAGGCUAGUUAUGCGCCAUGCAGUGGGAUGUGUUCUGGCCACUCAUCAGGUACCGUGGGUGUGACCACAACUGGAUCAGCUGGGGAUCGCCAGUCCAGGAUCUGGUACAAACUGUGAAGGGACGAUGAACAAACAGCUACGGGACUUCUGACCAAGCUGUGCUACAAAUGAAAGGACUAUUUUCAUUUUUUUUCUCUUUGUUUUUCUUCCAAAGUAUAUUAUUUUAAAAUUUCAGUGAAGCUGCUGCCAUUUGUCUUUUUCAGGAAUAAAUAUGAAAUAUACAGAAGUGAGUUUUCAUAAGUAUGAAAUGGACAGAGAAAAUGUGUUUCUGAAGCCAUGCAUUUUUAGCAUGACUGUUUCUCCAUGUGAUGUUAAAUAAUAAUAAAAAAUAACAGCA